AUGAUUUGGACAGCCACUUCAUCACAAGACGAUUUCAUCAAGCGGAAUAACAUCGAGAACCUGAGGUUGGAGGCCAACACGUUCAUGAUGGCGACCCAUUUGUAUCGAAUCUCUUCGAUCUUGUGUACUUUGGUGCUAGCUACUGUAUCGCAGUCACUCAAGUUAGGCAUACCUUUGCGCCACUACCUCCCCUUGAUGCGCAACAAAUUAUCGCCGACAACCACCGUCAUCUACAUCGUUGACACCACGAUCGAGAAGCAAAGAAUUUUAGUACCAAUCCGGCUUAUCAGCAUCAUCGUCAAGACGAUCAAGGCAUCGCGCGACGAGUCCACGAUCGAAGUUGCGAUCCUGCCCAACAUCAAUGAGAAUGCCUCUGGUCACCGGUCUGACAAGACCACACAAGAUGGCGAAGUUGAUGGACGCAAGAAGGAGCUAGCUGGAUAUUCAGGAAACGGCAACGACGACGUCCCAACGCCACCAGUAGAGAGCAAAAGCAACAGCAUCAAAAGAUACUGCAUCAAUCUCCAGUCCUCCACAGUACACUCUCUGUCUUGA